AUGACAGAACGUCGGUCAUGGGGAUGGAUUCACUUUUUCACAUAUUACCUGACAACGUCCUUCUCACCUACGAGCUACAACCUUGGAGCUUCUCUGGCCACCAUUGGUCUGCAAUGGUGGCACACCCUCAUUGCUGCGACAAUCGCCUCCAUUUUCCUGUCCAUCGUGGUUGCUCUGAACUCUCGAGGUGCGACACGAUAUCAUGUCGGAUACCCCGUCAUGGGCCGCGCAGCUGGUGGCCCGCGGGGUGCUAAGUUCUUCAUCUUCAUCCGCGGUGCUGUGGCAACCAUCUUUUUUUCGACCAACCUCUACUAUGGCGGAAUGCUGAUGGCCGUCCUGCUGCGAUGCAUCUUUGGCUCAGCGUGGGACAAUAUUCCAAACCAUCUUCCCGCCAAUGCUGGUAUCACCAGCGCGAAUCUGUUGGCUUUCUUCAUCUACUGGUUCUUCCAGAUGGGUCUGAUGUUUGUGCACCCUAUUGUGCUGAGGCAUAUCUUCGUGGUCAAGGCAUUUUACAGCACCGUCGCUCUGUUCGCCGUGCUUGGUUGGGCUAUCCACCAGAAUAACGGCUCGCUGGGUAACUUUCACUUUGACGGGCAAGUCAUUCUUUCAGGCUCGAGCCUCGUUUGGCCCAUGAUUUCAGCCAUUAACUCCGUCUGCGCUGCUCUUUGUCCUAUUUUGAUCAACCAGCCUGAUAUUGCGCGGUACGCGCAAAAGCCGUCUCAGGCCACCUGGUCGCAAACUCUCGGUAUCUUCAUCAGCAAGAUUCUGAUCAUGUUCCUCAGCGCAGGAACUACUAGCGCUGCUCAGGGGUUUUUGGGUACUUCCUAUUGGAACGUGUGGGAUCUCUACGACGCGAUACUGACUACCUACUGGGGUUCGGGUGCCCGUGCUGGUAUUUUCUUUGCCUGCUUCGGGAUGAUUCUUGCUAUCAUGGCUACCAACGCGGGUACUAACUCGCUCCCGGCGGGUGCCGAUAUGAGCGGUCUCCUGCCCCGGUAUAUCAACAUUGUUCGUGGACAGAUCAUCUGUGGUCUUCUGGGUCCCUUGUUCUUCCCCUGGAAGAUCAUUGCCAACGCAACUAGCUUCCUAACUUUCCUGUCGUCUUACACCGUCUUUCUGAUGCCUGUUUGUGGUAUCAUGGUGGUCGACUACUGGCUUAUUCGGCGCGGUAAUAUUCAUGUCCCCUCACUUUACAGCCGCGAGCCGGGUUCUCCCUACACAUACUGGAAGGGCUGGAACCUCCGUGCCAUUACUGCCUGGCUUGCAGGCACGGCGUUCGUCAUUCACGGCGUUGCUGGUGCCUUGGAACCUGGCCUGACGAACCAGGCCAGCAAGAAUAUGUACAAGAUUGGAUUCUUCCUGAGUUUCCUCAUGAGCUCGGCAGUCUACUAUGCUGGUAACAUGCUCUUCCCUACAUAUAUCUACCCCGAGAGCAAGCAGGAUACUCCUAAAUCUUGGGAAUAUAUGGCGGACUCCGAGGGCUUCUUUGAAGGAGAAAGCGUGCUCACUAUCAGGCUGGGCAAUGGUGCUGUGAUGUCGGAGAAAGACGCUGUUUGA